AUGCACCGAGGCGCGCCAGGACCAGGCCUCAGAGGCCUCAAGGGGGCCGAGGGCUCCUCUGAGGACUUGGGGGGCUCUUGCCUGGAGGCCGGGAGGAGCUUUGGGGUGCUGAGGGAGAACGGCGAGGCCGAGGAGGCGGCGGGCAGCAGGAAGCGCGCCCGGCCGGUGCGCUCCAAGGCGCGGCGCAUGGCGGCCAACGUGCGGGAGCGCAAGCGCAUCCUGGACUACAACGAGGCCUUUAACGCGCUCCGCCGGGCGCUGCGGCACGACCUGGGCGGCAAGAGGCUCUCCAAGAUCGCCACGCUGCGCAGGGCCAUCCACCGCAUCUCGGCGCUCUCCCUGGUCCUGCGCGCCAGCCCCGCGCCCCGCUGGCCCUGCGGGCACCUGGAGUGCCACGGCCAGGCCGCGCGCGCGGGGGGCAGCGGGGAUGCGGGCUCCAGCCCGCCGCCGCCCGCCCCGCCGCCCGCCGGCCCCUUCGCGCCGCGCUGUGCCUCGUGCUCCCCGCACACGCCCCCGGGACGGCCCCGGGCGGUGGCCGAGGCUCCGGGCGCGGCCCAGGCGUCCACGGGAAGCUGGCGCAGAGGUCCCGGGGCUCCCUUCGCCUGGCCGCGGGGGCACCUGCGUGCGGGCCCCGGGCUGGGCUUCCAGCACUGCUGA